CCAACCUUCACUAUUAGCUUCAGCUACAGCCUUCAAGUUUUCAUUAUUAAUCGUUUACCACCAGAAACCAUUUAGCUUGGGCGACAGAGUACGUAUUCACUACCAACCUUCCGAUUCAAUAUCUAUCUCUGUCUUUCUAUCCGCCACGCCGCUGGCCUUCGACCCAUCUCCGUAUCGAACACUUGAAGUCGUAGGCUGCUUCUCCCACAGGGAACUGGACCUCGACUUGAUGCAAUAUCAAAUACUGCUCGUACUGAUAGCCCCUUCUCGGACUCAGGCAUUAUAAAAUGCCCAUAUACUAUCCACAACUGCUCCCACCAGCCAGUACGGUCUGGAAACUCGCGCUACUCGUCGCAUCGCUCUCCUGGCUUGCCCAAUUUCUUGCCUCCGCAAACGACAGGCUCGUCGUCGACACCGGAUACGCAAAAUACCGUGGCAACCUUUCGUACCCCGACACCGUAGCCUAUCUUGGUAUCCCGUACGCAGAGCCCCCUCUUGGUGAACGUCGAUUUCGUGCACCCAUCCCUCUAGACACGGCGCGAGUCGCAAAAAAGGCCAACGGAGCUGUCGUCGACGCGACGUCUUAUCCCGACUUCUGCGUCCAGGGAUCUACUGGAGCUGGCGAUGCUGGAGGCGCCGGCACUGAAGAUUGUCUGAAAGUCAACAUUUAUUCACCCAUCAAUGGAAGCAACUUACCCGUACUUGUAUACAUCCACGGUGGAGGCUACGUUUACGGCAAUCCCACCAACUUCCCCUUCGACCAUUGGGUCCAUCAAAGCCCCAAUGUCGUCAUCGUCUCCAUCUACUACCGCCUUUCGUCCUUCGGGUUCCUCGCCAUCCCGGAAUUCGCAGACACCACCAAUGGAGACUUCAACGUAGGAUUCCUUGACCAGAUACAGGCGCUGAAAUGGAUCAAACGACAUAUACGAGCAUUUGGCGGCGAUCCGUCGCGGGUGACGAUUAACGGUGAGAGCGCGGGAGGAUCCUCGGUGGAGCUUCAUCUCGUUGCGCAUGAAGAUGAAUCGCUGUUCUCUGGCGCUAUCGUGCAGAGCGCUUAUAGGGCUCCUCUUCCAUUCCCCGAGCAGCAACGCUCCUUGUUCGAAUUCUAUGCGCAGCGAGCAGGAUGUGGGUUCGACAGCCUCUCUUCCAAGUUGCAAUGCCUGAGAGAUGCCAACGUGAGCGCCCUUGCUCGUGCUCAAGACGCAGCGGCAAGCAGUGAAUUCGCUGGUCCGUAUAACGCCUUUCAUCCUGUUGUGGAUGGCCAGAUCUUCACUGAAUUCCCAACAAUAUCCUUGGCUUUGGGCCACUUUGCCCGCAUCCCUCUUAUGGUUGGUGCGACUUCAAACGAGUCAUAUGUUCUAGGGUACGAUAUCCCAUCAUCCCUGAAACCCCUGUUCCCAGGACUGGACGAACAAGAUAUGCAUGAUUACCUCUUGGCAUACCCUUCUUCAUACUUUGACUCCGAGGAACAAAGGCUGGCCACAGCGACGGGCGAGUCCUUGGAUCGAUGCUGUCGGCAAAUACUGGCCAGCGCUUAUUCCAGCAAAGGGAUCAACACGUGGGCCUAUCGGUACAACCAACCCAAUCCGACAAGCGACAAUCCUACCAUUGUUGCUCACGCGGCAGAGAAUUGGAUGAUGUUCCGAGGCAGUAAUACUGGAUACAAUGGCUCAGCAACGUUCAGUUCAAUGACGCCAGAGGAAACGGCUUUCUCACAGGAACUGAUUGCGUAUUGGCUCUCCUUCGUGCGGGCAGAAGAUCCAAAUACUUUCAAGCUGAAACGAUCACCCGUCUGGGAUCGCUUCUCCUUGGGGGAGAAAAAGCAGAUUGUGCUGCAACAGAACACCACGACGAUGAGUGGGAGUUUCAUUGAACUCGCGGAUGAGAAAGAGGUGGCGAGGUGCCAGUUCGUUGCCAGUAAGGCGGAGAAGGAACAGAACUAG